UUGACAGCUGUCAACGGCGAGACGCGGAGUUAAAGCUGCAGCUGCGCGCGAAAGGAGAAGAUCGCUGAUAUCAAGUGUUCGCGGCGCACUAGAUGACGCGGCGGAGUGAUCGCGGAAUCGCUCGCGCGGUUUUCCUUUUAUAGAAAGCGCGUCGCUCGCGGAGCUCCAGGCAGGAGGAGGUGAAGCAGGAGAGAGAGUGGAGUGAAGCCGGCAGAAGGCGCUCAGGUUCAGCAUCACUUCUCAAAGUUUCUCGCAGACUCUGUUUGUGUAUGAGAGCCGCUUCGGAGCUCGCUCUCUCACACUCUGUCGUCCCAGCGCUCCGCUGCCGUCACACGGAUCGUUCUCUCCGGUGUCUAGGAUGUUAUCCAGCCAGACCGGAGCGGCUCUGAGUGGAGCCGGAUCAGCGGCGGGGAAGAGCGCAGGCCACGGUGCGGUGCUGAUGGGUGCCGGGGUCCGCACGGGGUUCGCGCGGGGUCUGGGGCCGCUGCAGGCGGGAGCGAUGGGGCUCGGGAUGACCGGGAGAUUUGAACCAGUUAAAGAGGGACCCCCGCACGUGUGCAGCGGCUCUGACGCGGACUCUGACUCGGGUGAUGAGGACGAGCUCAUGGGGUCAGUCGGGGACGGCCGGAGGGCAGGCGGCGUCAAGCGGGAGAGAGCGGAGAUGGAGGCGGCGAUGGUGGGACCGAAGGUCGGCUUGCCCCCCGGGGCGCUCGCGGGUGGAGCGGCCGGAGCGAAACCGGGCAAGAAGACCCGUGGCAGAGUGAAGAUAAAGAUGGAGUUUAUAGACAACAAACUGCGACGAUACACGACCUUCAGCAAGAGGAAGACAGGCAUCAUGAAGAAGGCGUACGAGCUCUCCACGCUCACAGGGACUCAGGUUCUGCUGCUGGUGGCCAGCGAGACGGGGCACGUCUACACCUUCGCCACUCGGAAGCUGCAGCCCAUGAUCACCAGCGAGACGGGCAAAGCUCUGAUCCAAACCUGCCUGAACUCUCCCGACUCUCCGCCGCGCUCCGACCCGUCCACGGACCAGCGCAUGAGCGCCACGGGCUUCGAGGAGACGGACCUCACCUACCAGGUGUCUGAGUCCGAGAGUCUGGGAGAAACCAAGGACGCUCUGAAGCCGGCGUUCACCGUGGCCAGUGUCCCGGGCAGCACCAGCGCUCCACCCACCGUCCCCAGCUCCUCCACCAGCAUGCAGGCCAGCAGCGGCCCGUCCUUCCCCAUCACCAGCUACCUGCCCCCCCCCGGCACCAGCGGAGCCAAGAGCACUGGAGCCCCAGCAGGAGUCAUGCAGCUGCCCGCCGGAUUCACCUUCAUGUCAGGCUCUCCGUUCGCUCCUGGGACUCCUGCGAUUCCUCUGGGUCAGCUCCAGCAGCAUUCACUGAGCGCUCAGAGCAUCACAGGUGGAGCGAUGGCGCAGCAGCUCCAGUCCAUCCAGGUCCAGUCCAGCUCCGUCAGCACCAGCUCCAGCAGUCCAGAGAUCUCUCACAGCAGCACAGUCUCCACAGCUUCAGUCAGUCUCCCAGCAGCCAUCGUCACCUCCUCAGUGUCCUCCUCCAUGACGGGUCACAUGAUGUACCCCAGCACACACACACUCAUGUACGCUUCAGCGCCCACGCUAGCAGACGGGAGUCUAGCGGUGCUCAACGCCUUCACACAGGGACAGGUGUCACACACACAGACUCAGGACACGGCCGGCGUUCCUCAGGUGUUCCUCACAGCUCCUCCCGGUACGGUUCAGAUUCCCGUCUCGGCGGUGCAGCUUCAUCCAGUACGGCAAGAUCAACACUUCACAAAUGGUGAUUGGUCAGCAGUCCAGCGGCAGCAGCAGUAGUCUGACCGAGCUCCAGGUCGUCGAUCUGGACGCCUCACAGAACGCCAAACACCACUGACCGCUCCACCACAGACUGACGCCGCUAUUUAUUACACCUUUCUGAGGCUGACCUCCUUACAUCGGAUUCUACAGUUUCUGUGUGUGUGUGUGUUUUACUUCCAGCGUGUGAGUGAGUGACUGAGUGAGUGAGUGUGUGUGUGUGUGAGUGAGUAAGUGAGAGAGUGAGUGUGUGUGUUUGUGUGUGUGUGUGUGUGUGAAUGAGUGAGUGUGUGUCUCUCUUUGUGAGUGAGUGUGUGUGUGUGUGUGAGUGAGUGAGUGAGUGUGUGUGUUUGUGUGUGUGUGUGUGUGUGUAUGUGUGUGUGAAUGAGUGAGUGUGUGUCUCUCUUUGUGUGUGUGUGAGUGAGUGAGUGAGUGAGUGAGUGAGUGAGUGUGUGUGUGUGUGUGUGUGAGUGAGUGUGUGUGUAUGUGUGUGUGUGUGUGUGUGUGUGUUUGGUUGGAAAGUAAUCUCAACAGAUUUGGUCUUUGUGAAAAUAAGACGAGACAUUUGGAAAUGUACAUAACCUGUUUUUUAAUAUUGGAGACUUGUUUAGGCUGUGUGUGUGUGUGUGUGUGUGAUGGCAUGUAGUUGUUUUUAUAGAUAUUUUGUAUACAUCGUAAUUGUUUUGCUUAUGAAAGCUGAUAUUUGACUCACCAUGUAAAUUAAUGUAAUAUAAACAUAUUAUAUUGAUUUAUACACAGUGUUCAGAUGAGAAAUAUAAGGAUUUAGGAUCAAACUCUUUUUCUCUGUUUUGUAACGUGAUUGUGCCAAAUUGCCUUUAAAAUACUAAUGAAGAGAGAGAGAGGUUUGAAAUGCUGGUUAUCCCCGUCCCUUCUUUCUGAAUGCUGAUGAUGAUCCUAACCUUUAAACUCGUCCCUGACACCCUGAUGACAUCAGCGCUGAGAAACACCUCAGACUGAGACAAACCUGAAGGAGUAGUUCACCCAGAACUAAGAUGUGUUCAUCCUCAGGUCAUCAGAGAUCAGGAUGAGUGUGUGUCUUCAUCAGGUUUGGAGAAAUGUGUCACUGCAUCAGUGUCUCAUCAGUGGAUGCUCUGCAGUGAAUGGGUGCCGUCAGAAUGAGAGUCUGAUAAAAACAUCACAAUAAUCCACAGCACUCCAGUCCAUCAGUGAACAUCUGGAGAAGACAAAACCUGAAACACAUCCAGCAUUAAGAUGAUUUGAACUCAAACACAUAGAGUCUAUAAUCCAGAAUAACACUUCCUCCAGUGAAAAAGUGUUCUGGUCUGAAUCAGGAGAGAAAUCUGCACAGAUCAAGCAGCGUUUAAACAGUCCGAAACGCUUUUCACUUCUCCAGAUGUUCACUGAUGGACUGGAGUGCUGUGGAUUAUUGUGAUGUUUUUAUCAGACUCUCAUUCUGACGGCACCCAUUCACUGCAGAGCAUCCAUUGAUGAAACACUGAUGCAGCGCUACAUUUCUCCAAACCUGAUGAAGACACAAACUCAUCCUGAUCUCUGAUGAGCACAUUUUAAACACAUGUUAAUUUUAGGUUGAACAAUUGCUAAUGAUAUUUCUGUGAGUCAGACUACACAGAGAACGUCAUAUUGAUGUAAUAAAGAGUAUAUUGUGAAUCAACACUACAGUGAGUCUAAGGUUAGUGAGCGGCUGUUGUCUUCAGUCGACGGCUCUUCUAGAGUCUGGUCCUUUAUGACUAAAGCAUCUUUCUGAUCGUGUCAGGGCUCUUGUAAUCGUCCUGCUGUAGGAGGUUUAAUGGCCUUAUUAUACGCUACACCCACAAGUGUGUGUGUGUUUGAAUCAUCUCUUGUAUUGUGUUUCAGAUCUGUUUCUGAAGCUGCACGCCUUUAAUUCUUGCAUCACAAGAUCACUGGUUCUGUUUCUUUAUUCUCUCAUGUUAAACUUGACACAUGGCCACGUUCUGAACGUGUAACACUGAAUAUUGAGUUCCUCAUCACUGUGUGUGCUCAGAGACGCUCUGUACCCUCCACAGUCUCACAGCUGCUUGGUUUGACAUGUUUCCACUUAGUUUUAGAGCAUUUGUGUGAGAGUAACACUGGUUCUUCUGCUGGAUUAUUGGGUGAUUUCUGUUUUCCGACAGCAAAUGUACAAACCUUUUUGUAAUAAAAAUGGAUCUUGUCA